UUCUCACAGUUUAGGAAAUGAAUGCAAUCAGUGUUUUUCCAAAAGAAAGAGGAGCUUUCUAAUAAAAGAAAAAGUUGCAGUAGUAGACUGAAACCGUGUUAAUGCAAGGGUUUUCCAAACUAAGCAUGAAGUGUUUUCUGUGGGGCAGCUUCAUGAGCAACCCACCAAUAAUAUACCAAACUUCUUUGUAACAUUGAUUCACUAAUCUCUGUAGAAGCUCUCAGCAAAAUCUCUCUGACAGAUCAAGCUGAAGGAAAUCAAUGGUGACAAUGGCUUGUUCUGCUGCUGCAGUCCUCCUGUUUCUGAUCCAUUUCUUCACUCUACAGACAACUUCUUCAAGUUCGUGGUUGACACUGAACGGAGAGCCUCCAGUGGUCAUUGCAAGAGGUGGGUUCUCUGGCAUGUUCCCGGAUUCCUCUAUAGUGGCAUAUGAUUCGGCAACAGUGACAAGUACACCAAACGUAACGUUGUGGUGUGAUCUGCAGCUUGCAAAAGAUGAUAUCGGGUUUUGUUUCCCUCAUCUAAGUUUUGAAAAUGGGUCUAACAUCGAAUAUGUAUUUCCCGGUCAGAAGAAGUCUUACAUCGUCAAUGGUGUUCCUUCAAAAGGCUGGUUUCCCGUUGAUUACACAAUAGAUGAACUCUUUACUCUGACAUUGACCCAAGAUAUUUAUUCAAGACCACCGAUUUUUGAUGACAUUUACAGCAUCGCAACUGUCGAAGAGGUAGCCAACGCAAGCUCAAGCCUCUGGUUAAACAUUCAGCACACUGCUUUCUACUCACAACACAAUUUGAGUAUGAGAAACUAUGUUCUGUCUGUGUCAAAACAUGUAGCUGUAAGCUACAUAUCAUCCCCAGAGAUCAGUUUCUUGCAGUCCAUCAAGAAGAAUUUCGCACGGCGCAUGACAAAGCUCAUAUUCCGGUUUUUAGAGCAAGACGAGAUCGAGCCCUCAAGCAACCUUACCUAUGGCCAUCUUAUGAAAAACCUCAGUUACAUAAGAACAUUUUCUUCAGGGAUUCUUGUUCCAAAGUCUUUCAUAUGGCCUGUAGAUGCGGAGUUUUACCUUCUACCCCACACUUCGCUUGUCACCGACGCUCAUAAAGAGGGUAUAGAAGUUUUUGCCUCAGAGUUUGCCAAUGAUGUCUUAUUUGCCUAUAACUACAGCUACGAUCCAUUGGCUGAGUAUUUAUCUUUCAUCGACAAUGGAAAUUUCUCUGUUGAUGGCAUCUUAUCAGAUUAUCCAAUCACUCCCUAUCAAGCCAUCAAUUGUUUUUGCCACUUGAACACUGAUGCAAAACAACGAGGGGAGUUUUCUAUCAUUUCCAUGAAUGGAGCGAGUGGAGACUACCCCGGUUGUACAGACCUGGCAUAUCAGAAAGCUGUAAAUGACGGAGUUGACAUCCUUGAUUGCAAUGUCCAGAUAUCAAAGGACCAGGUCCUCUUUUGCUUGAGCUCGAUAAAUCUUCUCAACAGUACAGACGUUGCUCAAACAAGCUUUAGAAAUCUUUCGGUUUUAGCUCCAGAGAUUCAGAAGGAAAGUGGAAUCUACACAUUUAGCCUGCCAAUGUCUCAGAUACGCACUUUGAAGCCCGCGAUUUCGAAUCCUUAUAUGUGGACCAAGUUAUUCAGAAAUCCAAGAAACAGAAAUGCUGGAAGGUUUCUUAUAUUAUCCGAAUUCCUCUCUCUUGCAAAGAAUUACAGUUCUCUUUCAGGCAUCAUUAUAAGAGUCGAGAACGCAGCGUAUUUGGCGGAGCAUCAAGGACUUGGCAUUGUCGAUACUGUAUUGGACGAGUUGAGGAAAUCAAGUCAGAAAAACCAGACAGGUCCAAGAAUACUGAUCAUGUCCAGUGAUAUCUCUGUCCUAAGGAAGUUCAAGGAGGCUACAAAUCAUGAGCUGGUCUAUGAAGUUGACAGAAACAUCCGUACUAUUUCCGACUCAGCUGUCCGAGACAUCAAGAAGUAUGCAAGCUCUAUCGUUAUCAGUAAAAGAUCGGUAUACCACCAAAUGAGCUACGGCUUUAUCACGAGGGCAACGCCUGUUGUUAAGAUGCUCAAAUCGCAUAAGCUACGUGUCUACGUUGAGACAUUUAGCAAUGAGUUCGUGUCCCAAGCUCAGGAUUUUUUCUCUGACACGACAGUGGAGAUAAACUCGUUCGUCAAUGAGAUGGGCAUCGAUGGCCUCAUCACCGACUUCCCGGCAACUGCUGCAAGAUUCAGAAGGAAACGAUGUGAUAUGAGUCUGGUCCCAACUGGAAGGGAGAAAUUGUUGGAUUUGGCGAAUGAAAAGAGUCUGCCACCAGCCCAGGCUCCAUACCCUUCACUGAAGGAAUCUGAUAUCGACGAGCCACCGUUGCCAGACGUGAUUCAGCCGUCUGCUCCGGUGGAUGUGAAGGCACAUGCCAAAGCUAUAUGCUUUUCGUUUUCUGUUGCUUUGGCUAUGCUUUUGAGCUCUUUUAUGUGACAUCUUCGCACAAUCCUUCAUAUGGGUUUAGUUCGUUUGUGUAUUUUGUAACAAGAUUGAUGACCCUUGUGAGCGAAUCAUCAAACUUCUAUAACAAAACAUUCAAUCUCUGCAAAGUUGGAAUGAUUCUACU